AUGACCUCUAUCCAGCGGACCCCAGUGCCCCGCCCGCUGGACAGAAAGUUUAGCGAACGCGAAUUGGAUAUCCGUUCUGAUCUGGAGUUCGUGGACAGUCUGUUGAAGGACCUUCGAUUGGAGGCGGAGCCACAGGCUCGUGGUGUGAUCCUAGAUCUGGCUUACACUUUGGCAAGGGACAAACUGGUCGAGGCCCAACGCUUCGCCAAGCUGGCGAACCGCUCCAACGUGAGUGUCGAGGAUCUGGAGAUGGCGGACCUGGAGCGGACCGUGGAGCUCAGGAGGAGACCCCGCCAGCAGUCGCUGAAGUCCCUGCUUCCCGGCCAGGCAUCUCUGCCCACGCCGGGUCUGAACCACGGUCUAUUGCUGCCCACCUUCCGCCACUGCCAGGUGGGCAUGACGGCCGAGCUGAAGGGCAAGGGCACUGAGCCCCAGCCGAACCCGAGGAUCAGACUGCCCCCAAUCCGGUGGCACCUGUCCGGUGUCCCGCUCUACGUUUCAACUCUCGGCCCGGUGGCUCCCAUUCGACUCUUCCAGGCAUCAGUUCCACCUCCCCAGUGGUGGCCACAACUCCUGGAGCUCGACCCCGUGCUCAUCCUCCAGCCAGGGCCCAUUCAACUUCUAGGGCUUUCAGCGGGAGACCUGGGAUGGCAUUCAACCCAGGUUCCUCCCCGAUUUCCACCACUGGGGUUCUCUGAAGCAUUCCACCGGUGAAGAAGCAACGCAUGCAAAAAUAAAAUCGUCACGAAAGAGCUUGAUUUUUUACUGUUAUUU